GAGAAGCAGUCAGAGACGGAGGAGGUGAAGCAGCAGCUGGUGGACGUGGAGAAACAGAAGGAGGAACAAAACGACACCAUCGCAAAACUCAAACAGGAGAUAAAGGACACCGUGGACGGUCAGAGGAUCCUAGAAAAGAAGGGAAGUGCAGCGCUGAAGGACUUGAAGCGGCAGCUGCAGCUGGAGAGGAAGAGAGCCGACAAACUUCAGGAGAGACUCCAGGAGAUCCUGACCAACAGCAAGACCAGGACAGGUACACACACACACACAAACACACACACACACACAUUUUUUUUUAAUUUUAUUCCGUCAGUAUUGAAGGACACUAAGUGAUUUUCUUUUGGUAAAUUUUUUA